AUGCGGGCCAAUGGCGAGGCGGCUGACAGCCCGCCACCUGUCCGCGGCGAGGGCGGGCGGCGGCGAGGAGGCGUCGCACUCCAUGGUAACGACGCCGGCCCGAAGAUGGCGGCCGCUGGGUCUGGAGGAGCGGGCGGCCCGGGACCAGGGCCGCGAGGCCGCUGGGGCGGCUGCCUGUGGGUGCGAGGCGUCCUGCUCGUGCUGGGCGGGCUCCCGGCCGGUGCCGGGGCUGCUCCCGUCUCCCUGGGCACUUCGCCUCCGUGUCGCCAUCACGUCCUUUCCGACACUGAGGUCAUAAAUAAGGUCCAUCUUAAGACAAAUCAUGUCACGAAGAGAGAUGCUGACGGGCAUUUACGAAUCAAGACCAUCUACGACCAGAGCAUUGAAGAGUUGCUCCCUGAGAAAAGAUAUCUUGUAAAGAACAAACUUUUCCCACAAGCUAUUUCUUAUUUAGAGAAAACAUUUCAAGUUCGAAGACCUGCUGGCAGGAUCUUACUUAGCAGACAAUGUGCGACAAACCAGUACCUACGGAAGGAAAACGACCCACACAGAUACUGUACUGGAGAGUGUGCGGUGCAUACCAAGUGCGGGCCUGUUAUAGUGCCAGAGGAGCACCUCCAGCAAUGCAGGGUCUGCCGAGAGGGUAAGUGGCCGUGUGGAGCAGUAGGUGUGCUCGACCCAGAGGGUGUGCGGGACGCAGACUUCGUUCUUUAUGUGGGUGCUCUGGCCACUGAGAGGUGCAGCCAUGAAAACAUCAUCUCCUACGCAGCCUAUUGUCAGCAGGAGGCAAAAAUGGACAGGCCCAUAGCAGGAUAUGCUAACCUGUGUCCAAAUAUGAUCUCCACCCAGCCCCAGGAGUUUAUCGGGAUGCUGUCCACAGUGAAGCAUGAGAUUAUUCAUGCCCUGGGCUUCUCGGCUGGUCUCUUUGCCUUCUACCAUGAUCAAGAUGGAAAUCCCCUGACUUCAAGGUCUGCAGAUGGCCUCCCGCCCUUCAACUAUAGUCUUGGCUUGUAUCAGUGGAGUGAUAAAGUGGUUCGGAAAGUGGAGAGAUUGUGGAAUGUUCGAGAUAAUAAGAUAGUUCGCCACACUGUGUAUCUCCUAGUAACACCACGUGUUGUUGAAGAAGCUCGGAAGCAUUUUAACUGUCCGGUCCUCGAGGGCAUGGAGCUUGAAAACCAAGGCGGGAUGGGCACGGAGCUGAACCACUGGGAGAAGCGCUUGCUCGAGAAUGAAGCAAUGACUGGUUCUCACACCCAGAACAGAGUCCUGUCUCGGAUCACUCUGGCGUUAAUGGAGGACACUGGCUGGUACAAAGCCAAUUAUAGCAUGGCUGAGAAACUCGACUGGGGCCGAGGACUGGGCUGUGAAUUUGUCAGGAAGAGCUGUAAAUUCUGGAUUGAUCAGCACAGGCAAAGGAGGCAGGUGCCGAGCCCGUACUGUGACACACUCAGGAGUAACCCGCUGCAGCUGACCUGCAGACAGGACCAGAGAGCCGUCGCUGUGUGUAACCUGCAGAGGUUCCCUAACCCCCUACCACCCGAGUACCAGUACUUUGAUGAACUCAGUGGGAUACCUGCCGAGGAUCUGCCUUACUAUGGCGGGGCUGUAGAAAUCGCAGACUAUUGUCCUUUCAGUCAGGAAUUCAGCUGGCAUUUAAGUGGCGAAUACCAGCGCAGCUCCGACUGUAGAAUCCUGGAAAACCAACCAGAGCUGUUUAAGAACUACGGGGCAGAGCAGUACGGCCCGCACUCGGUUUGUCUGCUUCAGAAGUCCGCGUUCGUCAUGGAGCAGUGUGAGAGGAAGCUCAGCUACCCAGACUGGGGGAGCGGCUGCUACCAGGUUUCUUGUUCUCCUCAAGGUCUAAAGGUUUGGGUCCAAGACACUUCCUAUCUGUGUAGCCGGGCGGGGCAGGUGCUCCCAGUCCGAAUUCAGAUGAACGGCUGGAUUCACAAUGGAAACCUGCUGUGCCCUUCCUGCUGGGACUUCUGUGAGCAGUGUCCACCAGAAACAGACCCUCCAGCUGCCAACCUGACUCGAGCCCUUCCUCUGGAUCUCUGUUCCUGUUCUUCUAGCCUGGUGGUCACACUUUGGCUCCUCCUCGGCAAUCUGUUCCCUCUGCUGGCGGGGUUCCUUCUGUGUGUGUGGCACUAGGAGUGGAAAGUGAAGUCUCAAGACGACAGUUUUGUCAUGUUCCCAUGAACAAAGCACAGGACCUGGGUGAGCAGCAGCCCACAGGGGUGCCAUUCUUCACUCUGGCUUGGAAGUGCUGUCCACAGUAGGACUGUGAAGUGUGGACCACCCAGUGUGACUGCUCCAUGGCAGUCACUCCUCACCAGCCACACAGCCACCUGGAGUGUGGAGAGGAACUACCCCAAGGCUCCAUAGGUCAUGGACCUGCAAUCUCCUGGCAGGUCUCCUUUAAUGCCGGAUGGAUGGUGGGAUUUGCCGCUAUCACAUACCUCAGCUUUUGCAUUCAUCUACCAUGAGCAUCAAGGUCACUCAGAGAGCUGCUGAUAGCCCAGUCCAGAGUUUGAGUCGAGGAUCCCAUCCUCCACAGUACGAAACUGGUCCGCAGGAUUUCAGACUUCCCGCCACCACUGCACCUGUUUUAAAUGAACGUCUGGUUACGACACCCUCAAAUCAUCCCUCCUUCCGUUCCGCUAAAGCGGCUGACUUGACUGACUGUGUUUGCCUUUCCUGGCGGUUUGCCAAGCUGUUGUCAGUAUGUCCUUAGCCCUCUGCGCCUGAUCAGCCUUCUCCGUGUGAGCUGAGUGUCCACUUGCUUUCCUCAUUAAUUUCAUAGCAACUUGGAAAACCGUGGAGAACAUGAAGUACAAUGUUCAGGGGGUUGAAGUCGUGCGAUUGUGCUUCAGGUAAUAUUUACAAAACCCGGGAAUCCAUCAAAGCCCAACUGAUCCUUUCUGGUCUAUGUAAAGUUUAAAGGUUGAGAUGUGGGCAGGCGUGUCGUCACUUCCAAGAGGACUGGGCUGUUAGAGAAUUCCUGCUAAAUCACAAAGUUAUUUCACAGACAAGAAGAAAAAACUCAAGUUAAGACCAGAUCAUCUGAAUUGUUUCCUAGCAGCAAAGUAUAGGUUUGGGGUCCAGCCUUCCCCCUGGCCCAUCUGGACUCCGUUACAGCGUUUGUAUAUUACCUCUGUUUACAUGUCUGUUUCCUCCCGUGUCUGACACUUCCUGUACCACACGGAUUCUGUGAAGCAAUCCUCCUGCACCAGAGCUUACCAACCCUCUAGUACCUUAACAUUGACACUCUUUAACGAAAAGCGAUAUCCUGGCUUUUUCCCUGAAGAUAAUCAAUUAUUGUAGUGUUAUAAACAGCCUGUGGACCAGCGAGAUGGCUCAGUAGGUAAAGGCACUUGCCACCAAGCCCAAAGGCCUGACUUUGAUAACUGGAGACCACAUGGGAGCAGAAGGGGACUGACUCCUGAAAGCUGUUCUCUGACCUGCACACACGCACACACACACAUGUAAAUGUAGAACAGUUUAAAAUGAAACAUGACAAUUAGACACACUAUUCUUUCCUCUGUUCCAUUCAGCAGAUAGUUACUGCGUGUUCGAGUACAGUGGAACAUGGCGGCCCGUAAUCCCAAAGCUUGGGAAGGAGAGCAGAAGGAUGAUGAGUUCAAGGGCUGCAUAGGGACAUUCACUUAGAAGCCAGGAUUGGCACAUGAAACGCUUGCGAGUAGGCAGGAGAAAGGAGUUGUGUGAGGGAGCAGAACACUGCUAGAAGCACUGACCCUAACCAGCUGUGGCACCGCAGCGGGGCCUCAGUCUCAGCAUAAGGAAAGCUCACUUUCUUUUUAAAAGCAGAAAUUUGAAAUAUGUACCUGCAUGCAGUAUAAGUUAGAGGUAUUCAUCACUGUGCAAAGCUGAGGCUCUUAAACUCAGCCAACUGCAGCUAAAAAGGCCAUCUUCUGCAGAGCAGGACACUGAGCUUUGCCCACAUUCUGCCGCCUUUAAGUUGUACAAAGUCAGAGAGCAGUGAGUAUGUAUUUAAAGAAAUAUACAAUAUGCUGGGCAUGGUGGCACACGCCUUUAAUCCUAGCACCUGGGAGACAGGAUAGUGGAUAUCUGAGUCUAAGACCAACCUGGUCUACAAAACAAGUUCCAGACCAGCCAGGCUCACAUAGUGAGAGGAACCUGUCUAAAAAGAAAAAAAAUGGUACACAUUAAACCUUCAUACCUAUGAUGAUUAUGAAUUAUCCUACAAAAUGUAUAAAGAAUUUCACCAAAAAUAACAGUGGAGUAUAUUGAGAGUCUGUGAUAGGUCUGACGGCAUUUGGACUGUUGUGCAGUAAUGCCAUUUAGGUAGCAGUGUUUCCAAGCAUGGUGCUUUUUAUACUUGAGAUAUAUUUUUGCUUUAUUUUUUAAUUAAUAUUGUAUUUGCACUAAUGACUUUCUGAAGAAAAUGUUACAGAUGACAUUUUUGUAUAUAUAUGCAUAUAUAUAUAUAUUUAUUUAUUAAGCUUGGACUGUGGUGUCCCAGUGUUUGCUCUGCACAAACAUGAAACUUCAUGCAGUCAGUGUCAAGAGACACUGAACUCCAGAGCGUUACUAGCUAGGCUCUUUUGUCUCAUCCUCUUCAGUGAGGCCAGAGCGAGGUCACUGUCGCUUAGCAUUGAUCCCACAUGGCAUACUUAGCAAGGCUUGGACGGUCACUCAGCCCGCAGGACAGUGUUAGAGGCUCAUUGUCGUCACUUCAAAUAUAGCAACCAAGACAUGGCUUCUGCAUUAGAGAUUUCAGUGCAGAAUCAGCUGUAGGGUUCAGCUGUAAGGUUCUGCUGUAAACUGAAGGAUUUGAAACAGCCUUCGUGCUGGCGCAGAUUAACCCUUCCACAUCACAAGGGUAAAACCAGUGGCCCAUGGAAAGAGCCAAGCAGGGUGCUCUAUGAUAGGAGGGAGGUGGGACAGGAAAGAGAGGCGGGGACAGCUGGUCAGGGGACAGUAGACUGCAGUCUCUUCCUGAAUCAGAAAAGCCAAGUGUUUAUAAAAACUGACUACCUCGGUGUUCAGUUCAAACCCGUCAUUGUAAGUGUUUUAAGGCCCUAGGUGUCAAACAUAGCAAGUGAAUUGUCUCAGGUUUUUGCAGAAUUUACAGGAAGGAAGCAAAGCCAUGUGAGAAGCCCUGAGCAGGGUCAGGGGGGGCGGGGCAGCCUUUGGUGGUCUGUGUCGACCCCUCCGAUUCUCUACUGCAGAACGUCCUUCCCGGAAUACUUACAUUUUUCCUAUAGGAUUCUUAUAUUUUUAAGACCAAAUGGGGAUUCUAAAAAUGUUCUAAAUUAUGCCUAGCAUUAGUUUUUAGCCUAAGUUGGCUUAGAGUUUAUUGAAAUUUAAAGAUAUAUCAUAAUUGUAUGGGUUGUAAAUAGUUUUAGGAAGAUACAUAAGUAAGUGUAUCAGAGUAUUUCUCACAAAAUGUUAUCAGCAUCCUCUUUCAUAUUGGAUUGAUAGAUUCAGCCAGGCAUGGUGGUCGUGCCUGUAGUCCCAGCACUUGGGAGAUGGAGGCAGUAGGAUUAUGAUUUAAGAUCAGAGAGAGAGAGAGAGAGAGAGAGAGAAUGACACUGAGACUCAAUCCUACCCUCCCCUGCCAAAUAAAGGGGGGCGGGGAAUGUACCAUUUGUGGCCAUGUAUAAAGCAGCUAGGUGGUGGUCUGAAAUUUUACCUGUAAAGCCCUGUGACUAACACUUGGCGAGGCCUAAGUUGCAGCUGGCCCUGCUCAGCGUCCCAGAGUCUCCAGCCUGCACAGUGGUCCAUGUCUGGCCAGCUAUGUACCUAGAAGCUGGGUGAACAGAGGAGAGCCAGUCUCUGAAGACAGCUGAGUUGUCCCAGCGUGAGGUGGACAGCCUCACAGCCUCACAGCUAGCUGGCUUCAUGGCGAGCACUAGUUCUCCCUGGCAUGGCCUUUUGCCCCCAGCCCAGGAGGACUGACGUGCUGUGUUCAAUGCAGGCUGCUCCUUCUGAGGGUAGCGCUGAACUGGAAAGAUUUUUUUCCCUUUUUAAAUUAUGUUGGGACAUGGGAGGGAAUGCUUUUAUGUUUACAUUAAGUAAAAUAGAUUUAAAAAUUGUUCUUUAUUUAUG